AGUUUUUGUCUAAUAACAGGAAUCCAUUUACUAUCUUGAGGCUUCCAGCCGAGUCACUCCUUACAUUUUGCAUCAUAACCAUCUGUCUGGCUAUCGGCCUUCUUUACACCGUCGCUUCCACGACGAGGCUUCAGCACAACAUGGCGUCGUUAUUGUCUAGGGUUGAUCUCUGCUCUAUUGCCGCCGCUAAGCCACCUGCUGGAGAAGUCUCGAACUUGGUCAACCCGACCACGCUUAGCCCUGUCACGAUCUCGAUCUGUGUUAUCUUGACAGUAUGGGCAGUCAGCUUUGCGAUCGCGAGGCUGUAUGUAAACUGGCACAAGCUAGAUAUAGCGGAUUACUUUAUAGCGAUCGGGAUUGCACUAACUAUCACAUAUACGGGGCUCAUAGUAUCAUUACACAAAUACAAUCGGCAUCAAUGGAACGUGCCAGUUUGUUGGCUGGACGUGAGAUAUCUGAGGAUUAUAUACGCACAUACCACGAUCGUCGGAGCCGUACUCUUUUUCCCCAAGUGCGCGAUAUUCUUCAUGUAUCGCCAGUUGUUCCAAAUUCGCCGACCUGUACGCAUCGCAAUUUGGGCAGGAUUGGCGUUUUCUUUCGCGAUCUAUUUCCCUUCUAUCCCGCUGUCCGCCAUCUAUGAAGCACCGAGGGCUGGACAUAGCUGGGAAGAGUACCUGCAGUCCCUGUCGACGCGCCAUGAUAGCACAUUGACUUAUUGGGGUAUUGUGCAAGGAACAUGCUCUGUCGUCUUGGACCUAUACAUCUUCGUUCUGCCGUUGCCACUUCUCUCCCAGCUACACUUAGCUCGGAAGAAGAAGAUUCAGCUUCUUGUCCUCUUCGGGACAGCUCUUUUUGGCGUUGCAGCUAGCGCUAUAGCUCUCUAUUUCCGCGUUCAGCUCCUUGGCAGCACAGACAGCACCUGGAGGCAGGCCCAACUGGCCAUCUGCGUUGUCGUCGAGAACAACGUCGCUAUCACCGUCGCCUCGAUGCCUGCCUUUGCAACAUUUAUGAGGGUCCAUAUCAGCAAGAACCCCUCGCUUCAGAAGUUUCUAACGAAACUCAGUGGCAGCAGCACUAGUCGGUCAUAUGGAUUUUCAGGCGCCACGUUGACGCCCCCGGCAAAUGCUGCAUUUGGGUCCCCAUCACGUAAAAAUGCAAGCGACAACUACUAUGAGCUCAAUGACUCGGUGCUCCUUUCGACACAGAUCACAGUCGCCGAUGAUGAACAGCCUUUUGCGAGGAGCAUGGGAGGCGCGGGGGAUACGGGCAUCAUGCGGACUGCGAUGAUCUCUCAGCAUUCAGAGCCGUGGACUCAGCCACCAGUGGCAAAAUGAUCUCAAUGUUGGCAGAAACUAAAAAUCACCCUGGUGUGUUCCGCACGCAGAGGAUCAGGUGACUCUAUAUCGCGAUGCCAAGAAAAUAUAAGCCCUUAACUGGCCUUCA